GAUAAUAUUACAGGGUCCGCCCACUCGAUACUCAGGAUCCUUCCUCUUCUUGACUCAGUUAAGGAUGACACACAGCCGUUACCGGUCAACGGCCUCUUUGCAUUUUCGGACAGCCACACGAAUAUUUCGCGGUCAGAUAUGCCGGAAGCCAUUGCAUCGUGGCCAACACUUCCCUUCGAUCCUCUGACUGCUUCUAUUCAGCCUCCACCCCAUGCUACGGAACAUGGGAGCGAGGAAUUUGACGAAAGUAACAACAUUGAUGAAAACAGUAUCCUAGCGGUGGCAGAUAACAUAGGUUGUCUCCAUUGCUUCUUGGAUGGAAGCUAUCCACUUGGUGCUGUCUCAAUUCUCCCCCAAUCGACUACGUCAUCUCUUCACAAGGGCUCCCGAACGUCAACGCUUGUGGCACAUCAGCGAGUGGAGAACGGCAAGUCCUCCAUCACCCCGCUACUCCCAACUUCAGUCUGCUUUCCAUUACUAAAAAAGAGGAUCCCACGAGAUCUAGCAAGGAUCUCAACAACUACUCGGGAGCUUCUCUGGUACACCAUACGUGUCAUGGAUGACAUGCAUACCAUAUGGUUUGGGACUACCACACAGCCUGGGGCUCGAGAGCUCGGAGAAAGGUGGAUACACAGCUUGGGCGCCUUACAGCCAGAUCCAUCUGGAGGAAACAGAGUAUCACAAUCGAUUCUGGAUCUAGUCCAUUUUCUCAUAACAGGUCGUCCGUCAGAUGCUGUUUCUGAUUUUAUAGGCAGUGGCGAGCAAAUGAGUGAAAGGGGGCUCCAGAAAUGGGAAAGCACAGUAAUCGAAGCCUUGAUCAAAAUACGUGAUUUUUCGCAACAGCGUAUAGUACUUGCUUUUCAACGCGUCUAUCUUAUGCUAGAAGAAGUUUUAGGAUGGUCACAGCUCCCUCAAUUGUAUGGCUUGUGUGAGUUACAGACCGAAGACAUCGAGCAGUGUUUGAAAAUGACCAAUCAAGCCAUAACCGCUGCCAGUUGGCUUUCGGCGACCGCUCGACGAGAGUUAUCCCAUUUCCGAGAAUUCAUGAAGUGGUUACGAUAUGAAAUCGCAAUCGCAAGCAAUACAUCAGACGGUCAUACUGUGCCACAGCCACGACACGAUGUAUUGGAGGUCGAUAGCUAUCUGAUGUCUGGAUUGAUCAAUAGUCAAGUCGACAAGUUCUUUAAACAUGGUGUCGCCCAUUUCCAGUCACACGAUCUCGGUGUCUCCGACGAACCCCCUGAUUUAUCGGCAGCGAUGAAACGUGCUCGAAAUGCACUGAAGGAUCCCACACAAACAUCCUUGCAACAUGCGGUUGCACAAGAUGACCAUCGUCACGUUGAUAGAAACCUUCAUCUUCUAGUUCAGGACUUAGCAAAACGUUGUGGAGCCAUCUUCCUCCGCGCGGCCAGCGCAACUGCGCGCUCAGCGGAAGUUUCGCACGAGACUCGCCCAUCCUCUGGACCCUCGAGCUUUCCUUCCGAUGACAGAUACUCAAUUUGGGAGCGAACUGUUGUCGAUGAAGAAGCGCCAAGUCGCGUUGUCCAACAUCUCGCCAUUUAUGUACCUUCCGCCGAGUACCGGACCUGCUUAUGCCUCACCCGAUUGCGCUACGGCCACGAGGCGCCUUGUCUCAAUGAUUUGGGUGUGGCCAUCCUUGAAUGCCGGCUUCGAGAAGACAGUCACGGCAUAGUUGAUUUUGAUCUCUUGGAUGCCGACUUCUUCGACGACGAAAGCCUUGUCAUUGUUUAUCGAGCUCAGGGCGUAAGCGGACCAACAUAUAUUGCUAUCGUGGCAUACUCCGAUGUUGAGUUCCAAGAGGUGCAAGCGCAGGAAUACGUAAAUCAGCCUUCCCGCGAAGGGCUGAUGUUGGACACAUUCCAGCGCUGGAAGGACGGCCAGCUUCAGCCGGUGUUCAUGCCGAUCAAACAAUCACGCGUACUGUCAGUUGGUAGAGAGGGCGAUGUUUCUCUCGCAGUGAAUGGCAGAGCAGGGAGAAGAGUCGCUUGCGUGUUAGAUAGCAGGGGCGACGAUAACGCUGCUCGCCUAUCAGACGCUGCCCUCCGCAAAAAAAAGAAUGCUGACGCCCAAGCCGCCUUUCGAGCCAGACGUGCUAACUAUAUUGCAACACUCGAGGAAACAGUCACCAAUUUGGAAGCCGUAGUUCUACAACUGCAAGAUUCAUGUCGAGAGGCGCGCGCGGAGGCCACCGAGCUCCGCCAGGAAAACUCACAGCUCAAGCACGCCGGUAGAGAGCGUGAAAAAUACUGGAGGGCCUUGUGGCAAACCAGGAAGGGCCCCGAGUCUCAGCCAGACGAGUUUCCCCCCAUGCCCGCCUGUUUCGGUCCCAUGCAUCCCCAUUCAACCACCGUCAACUCCCAUAUCGGCAACGGACUCGGACCAUACGAAGACAGCCUACAUUACACUAACGGCGAUUCAUCCUCAACAGUAUCCAAUGCUCCAUACUCCGGCUCCACUGGAGAAUAUCCCACCCGCUCCCCCUCGGUCGCCUAUGCCACUGCCGAAACUGACCAUGUCGUAAACGACUCUCGUCCGCAUACUCUGUCUCACCACCAAUCAUCCAAGUACUCUUAUCACCCUUACGCUGUUCAGAGCGCCACUCGCGAUGGCGCGUGGCCACAACCAGUCACCCAGACUACCUCGUCGGGCGGCGAAUCGGGUCGCGCAGAGAGCAAUUCGUCGCAUUCUCCUCAUUAUGUCGAAUCACCCCAUAUCACAUCUGCGACCGACAUGUCUUAUGCCUCCCGAUACCCUGUAAUUGAUGAGCAGAAAGUUUCAGCGUCGACCAUGGACAGCGCCUACAUGUUCUCCACCAGUCGCUCGAUGUCACCGUCGAACUCUACGCCACCUUCAUCUUCAUCUGCCUCUCUCACCUCUCCAUUUCAAUUUCAAUUCCCUGAUGGCUCUGUCCCUCAAGACCGUGCCGAAUUCGAUUAUCGCAGGCAUCCAAUCACUGGCCAACCUACUGCUGAAGUCACCUUGCACGGCGGCAUCGCAGAUAUUUCCCUUGCAGGCACCACUGGGAGCGACGCCGUCCGUUACAGAUUGGGUGCGCGUCGGGCGAAUUCUGGAGCCGAUCGGCCUAUAUUCCCUGCUCUUCCCCAAUUCUCGGGUCAAGACGUCCAUGGUGGAGAUAGAGGCAGUAGCGAGGGCGAGAAUGCACCAUACUUACGAAUUCGGUCUCGGAGAGGUGCCUCACGCUUGUCACGGUCGCCUUCACCUGGGACACCACCGAUGUCUGGUACCCUUGCGGUCAUCAAAGCUCAGGCCUUUGGUGCCCUUCGAAGAACUCGCGCGAGGACGAAAAAGGGUGCAGAUGGGGCAGCGAAGGUGGCAAUUGAGGCAUUGGAGGCGAGAGGUAUCGGGAUGGGCGUGAGCACUGGAUCCAAAAGGCCUCGACUGCAUGACGACGAC